AUGUUCUCUCGUGUUGGAAUGGCCUCUAAAAGAGUGGCUUUCAACGCCGCUGCCAUUUCUAGAAAGCCGUUGAUCACCAAGACCGCGAAAUUUUCCACCACCAAGGUCACUAGAGCUCCAGCUUCAGGGUUUGUCAAGUUUGCCAAAAACGCUUGGAAAGCAACCUGGAUCUCUGCUCUCUUGGGUGUCGGAUACUUGGGUUACAGUAUUUAUGAUGAAUCGAAACCAAAAGCUAACCAAGUCAAGCAUUCCGAACUUACUCCAUCCGGAAACAAGAAGAAGAACUUGGUUAUUUUGGGUUCUGGCUGGGGUUCCAUUUCUCUUUUGAAGAACUUGGACACCACUUUGUACAACGUUACUAUUAUUUCCCCAAGAAACUACUUCCUUUUCACCCCAUUGUUACCAUCUGUGCCAACCGGAACCGUUGACUUGAAAUCUAUUGUCGAACCUGUCAGAACCAUUACCAGAAGAUCUAAUGGUGAAGUCAUUUACAUUGAAGCUGAAGCCACCUCCAUUGACCCUGCCACCAAAACUAUUACCUACAAGCAUACUAAGGAUCAUGAAGGUAACCCAGUUGAUUCUAGAUUUGAAACCUCUAUCUCCUACGAUUACUUAGUUGUCGGUGUCGGUGCUAAGGUUGGUACUUUCGGUACCCCUGGUGUUGACAAACACGCUUGUUUCCUUAAGGAAGGUUAUGACUCCACUAAGAUCAGAAGAAAAUUGUUGGACUGUAUUGAACAAGCCAAUUUGUUGCCAGAAGAUGACCCAGAAAGAAAGAGAUUGUUGACCACCAUUGUUGUCGGUGGUGGCCCAACUGGUGUUGAAUUGGCUGGGGAAUUGCAAGAUUACGUUGAGCAAGAUUUGUCUAGAUGGGUCCCAACCAUUGCUCCACAAAUCAAAGUUACUUUGUUGGAAGCUAUGCCAAAGAUUUUGGCCAUGUUUGACAAGACUUUGAUUGAUUAUGCUGCUCAAAUUUUGGCUGAAUCUAACAUUGAUUUGCAAACCAACACUAUGGUUAAGAAGGUUGAUGAAACUAAUGUCUAUGCCAGUGUUAAGCAAGCCGAUGGCUCUUCCAAGAUGGUUACUUUGCCUUAUGGUCUUUUGGUCUGGGCUACCGGUAACGCUACUAGAGAAGUUAUCACUGAUUUGUUUAAAAAGAUUCCAGAACAAGCUAAUGCUAGAAGAGGUUUGUUGUUGGAUGACUACUUGAAGGUUCAAGGUUCUGAUGAUAUUUAUGCUCUCGGUGACUGUACUUUCACCAAAUACGCCCCAACUGCCCAAGUUGCUCACCAAGAAGGUGUCUACUUGGCUGAAUUGUUCCACAACUUAGCUAAGGUUGACGAAUUGAAAUUCGAGUUAUCCAAGAGUGUUUUGGACACCGAAAAGACCAACAAAUUGAACAGAAAAUUGACUAGAGCUUCCAAAUUGGAACCAUUCAAAUACGUUCACUUUGGCGCUUUGGCAUACAUUGGUUCUGAAAAGGCUAUUGCUGACUUGACCUGGAAAGACUGGCAAACCUUCCAAUCUGGUGGUUUGUUCACUUACAUCUUCUGGAAGACUGCCUACGUUUCCAUGUGUUUGAGUGUGAGAAACAAGGUUUUGGUCUGUGUUGAUUGGAGUAAGACUGCUAUCUUUGGUAGAGAUACCUCUAACUAG